GAGUUCAGUAUGACUGUCGUACGCGGUGGAGCGAUACGCGCGGUCGCCAUUUUGAUAUAAAACUGCCGCAUUCGAAUUUUCAAAUUUAAACUCGAUUCCUUUUUAGAUGAAACUUCAGAAGUAAUUUAGUGACGUGCUGGAUUUUUAAGUGUUUUUUUUAAAUAUCUUUUUAUAGAGAUAAAAAUAGUUUAUGGUACACCUACGUAGUUAUAAUUUUUUAAAACAAGGACGGAAACUCGAAUUUGGACGUAGCCGAUUUCAAGGAUGGAGUCCAGAAUAUAUUGUAAAUCAGAAUACUCGCAUAUUACACAAUAAUUACAACGUAGUAAAUAAAUUAUAUUAUUAAAUAUCAAUCCCAGUGACAUAAAGUGAUAAAAUCUAGUCAAUAUGGAAGCUCAUGUAGAAGAGGAUAGUAAAAUAGAAAAGACCGAACAGCACUUGCAGAUAGGUGACGAGCAAAAACGAAACGGGGCUUUAAAACCUGGACAGGAUCUCAACGGAAAUGGGGUCCUGUUAGAAGAGCUGGAGUACCAACCGUCAGGGUGGCUGGAGAAGACGCUGACAAAGUCCCAGGACUCGGCCGGCAAGUUCUUCUCCAAACAUAGCGCGAUCAUGAAAGUAAUCUUCCUGGCCGUGCUGAACCUUGGCGCUUGGGCGUUCUUCAUAGCGAGCUAUUUUCACUAUUCCAAUGAAUUACUUGCCCCGCGUCUGGAGCUGUGUAGCGGGUUCGGCAGCCUCAUAGCAUUAUUCACCAUAAUCUACUUCUUCCUCAUCUACUUCCUCGUGGUGAAGAGGUUCUUUGGGAGGUGGUUCGAAAAGAAAAUCUGGAAUAAAGUGGAGGCGUUUUUUGGAUACUUGUGGAAAUAUAGUUGGUUUCGUUGGGUCUUCAGCAUCUUCCUGCUGGCUGGCAUCGGCGUGUUCCUGUACAUCGACACGCAGGGCGCGCCCGAGCGCUUGAUAUCGUUGUUGGGGCUUGGGAUAUUACUGCUCUUGGGUUUCGUGUUCUCGUCGAGUCCGGGCCGCGUGAAAUGGCGGACGGUGACGAUGGGCCUGCUCAUACAGUUCGUGUUUGGAUUGCUCUUCAUCAGGUGGGACAGUGGACGGGUGGCCUUACAGUGCUUCUCCGACAAGGUAGCCACGUUCCUGUCUUACGGAGUGGAGGGAGCAGCCUUCACUUUCGGUGAACUCUUGGUCAGGCAGGAAGGCGUGUUUGCUUUCAGUACGCUGCCCGUGAUAUUCUUCUUCAGUAUGCUGGUGGAAGUCCUGUUCUUCUGGGGCGCGCUGCAGUGGUUCUGCUUGAAGCUGGGCCGGCUGCUGCGCGCGGCCGCCGGCAGCACCGUGUGCGAGAGCGUCAUCGCCGUCGGCAACGUGUUCCUCGGCAACACUGAAUCCCUGCUGCUGGUGAAGCCAUACCUGUCCAUCCUCACGCCUUCCGAGCUACACGUGCUAAUGGGAUCUGGAUUCGCCACUGUCUCAGGCACGAUCCUGGCUGCGUAUAUCGGGUUUGGCGCGUCACCAGCUCACUUGGUCACGGCCAGCGUGAUGUCGGCCCCCGCCGCCAUCUGCUACUGCAAGCUUCUCAUGCCGGAAACUAAGAGAUCGCUGACUGCCGUCGACAACAUACAGCCGGUGACCAGUUCGGACCAAUCAGCACUCGCGGCCGCCACUCGAGGCGCGACGAACGGCAUCGCACUGAUCCUGAACAUCAUCGCGAACCUCGUCGCCUUCAUCUCCGUCAUCGCUUUCAUCAACGGCGUCCUGGGCUACUGCGGAGCCAUGCUCGGUUACGAAGGAUUCAACCUUGAGUGGCUGUUUGGCAAGAUCUUCAUUCCGCUGUGUUGGGUUAUGGGGGUGCCCUGGGAAGAGUGUGAGCGCGUGGGAGCGCUGAUCGGUCUGAAGACUGUGGUCAAUGAGUUUGUGGCGUACCAGCGAAUGGGGGAGAUGAAGGCUGAAGGGUUACUGUCGGCUCGCGCGGAGCUGAUAGCGACGUACUCCCUGUGUGGGUUCACGAAUCCGUCAUCCGCCGCCAUUAUGAUUGGCGCCAUCUCCGCAAUGGCGCCAAACCAGAGGGAGCCACUGUCCUCGUUAGCAGUGCGGGCCUUCUUUGCUGGUUGUGGCGUGUGCUUCAUGACGGCCUGUAUUGCGGGUCUGCUGAUGCCAGAAGGGUCCUUUGGAUAAGACCAUCACGCCAGCAAAUUUAAUUCUCAAGCAUAGGUGCGAGGUUCAUCAAUUGUCACAAUUUAUUUCUGAAAAAUUUCGAUCGCUGCGUCAGCUCGUAUUUUUCGACUGUGAUUUUUUUGCAAAUGCAGUAACAGUGCUCGAGCUUCAGAAAAAAACAUUUUUAUUAGUUAGACAAAUUAAAAAACCGCCGACUUUUAA